AUGCCCGAGUCUCCAAGUGAGCUGGGUCAGAUACAGUCCAUCCGUCGCUCUGUCACUCUUCCCACCAAGUUAAAUCCGCUCGCGCAACGUCGCUCGAGUGUCCCGAACACGCCAGAGCAUGUGAUUUUCUAUCAUCCGUCUGCCAAAAUUGUCCAUUUUGCCCCGAGAGCUCUCGCCCCUAUUCCAUCUAGUUCUGCGCCGUCUGACUUCGACUAUCCCGUCGACACCAUCGAAACACUCCCCUGGCGCUCCGCUACUGAACGAACGGUCGCAACAGCACCACUACGGCUGGAGAAGGUCCAAGGCUCAACGGCCUUCCUCAAAUGUGGAAAUGUCGUUCAUGCGAUCUUGAAGAACUCCCAGUGUUGGUGUGUUGACGGGGUUUCAAAGUUUGUUUUGCGCAUCCGACCUCUCACAUAUUAUCGCAUCGAAAUACCACAUGAAUCAGAAGACGAUCGGGGCUUGGUACAAGAUUUCAAGAUCGCGUUGCCAACCGUACUUCGCUAUGAAGUCACGCCAUGUCCUUUUAAACGCGCUUUUAGCGUCGAGCUCCCGUCGGACGCGAUGGCUCCGCGACGCAAAAAGGCCUGGCAGCCCAAAGAUCGACGAGAAAGUAUUCCGGUAGUUCUGGAGUCUCCGUUGGAAAGCUCUUCACUCUUUUCAACUAGAUCGGAAUGUAUCGACUCUGCAAGCACCGGUGAUGACACUGACGGAAACUUGACCGAUGAUAGUUGUUUCACGUCGCACAAAACCAACGGCAACAUUUUGGAAACAAGCCCUAAUAACCGUGAAUCAACCUCUGCCGAACUUCCGAGACCCUCCUCAUCUCAUGGUUUCCCUAGCCGCUUGGUAAGCGAAACACCACAGCCUGUUAGCAGUCUGCUUGCAAAGUUUCAGGCUACACUGGCUCCGGAAGACGAUUGCCACUCUGGGCUUGAGCACAGGCCAGAGGAUAUCACCCGAAUGGAAUCUGUGCCCCCGGUAGAUCUUAAGGCAAAAUCUGUCGUAAAGAACGACAUGCCUGAGCCGCAAUCCGAGGGUGAAACACAAACCCUUCUUGAAUUGGAAAUCACAGUAAAAGCUGAAUCUACAGCUGAAUUGGAUCCAAAGAUUGAGAAUAAGCUUGAGCUCGGAGUUGCAUCAUCAGCCGGGCCCACAAGUGAGGCCGAUUUGCAAGUCGAGAGUGCAAUUCCAGUCCAGGCUGAAAGAGCGUUGGAAGUUGAAGGCUUAGACGAUGCCGAGCCCAGCAUUACAAUUGAAUCCCAGGAAGCCCGUGAAGCGAAGGUUGGCAGUGAUGACCAUAUUCAUUUCGCCACCGAACAAAAUUUUGAAGUCGAUGAUGAUGCCUCUUUUUCGUCCAGUCCCGAGUCAUUCCACUCUGUUGAGCCUCAGUCUCCUGACUCAGUCUCAACCUAUCCUACUUCUGUGGGAGGUCAUGAUUUACCAGAGCCAACAGAUAUGUUCAACCUUCCGAGCGCAAAAGAAUUAAUUUCUGGAAUGGAAUCAACCCCAAACAGCUGGUGCAACAGCCCGCAGCUCCCAAUUUCUGACAGUAGCGCUCAAACUGCCGAUGUUUCAACCAAUAUCGUGGUGCCUGCUGAUAGAUCAGCUAGCCAUCUCAGCCCAGAUGCUCUGCCCAGGCGAUUUCCAGACACGCUUUCGAACGAUUCCCUGUCAAUGGCUCUUACCAGCCAGGCAUGCCAAUCCAGUCCGAAUACGGAUGCAUUCCAAGAAAUUAAAAUGGUUACUCGACCUGCUGUCAAGGCUUCAGCAUUAAACACUGAUUUCAACCACAUGAGCACCGAGUUCCGGCGCCGGGCUAAAGCCACAAGGGAACGUGAAGUCUCUCCCAUGCCUCAUUCUUCGGCAUUGUAUCAGCCCUCCCCCAACGACGAUGCCAAAUCAUUCAUUUCCAAGGCCAUCAUGCUAGUUUUAAUUCCGCCGGCCUAUCUUUUCGUCGUUCUCCUUCACAUUGCAGCGCGCGUCGUCAUCAAUCCCCCCACUACCCAAUCGAGUAUUCGCUCGACGCCAAAGGCUUCGAACUCCAAUCCCAAGCAAAUCAGCGAGGGUCCUGCAACCGAGGACGAUUUCAGCUUUCCCCUGGAGCCUCAAACCUCCUCAGAGUACGAGGAUGCCGAAAUCUUCAAGAAGCUUGACCCUUGGGAUCUGGACUAA